AAACGCUGGAACUAAACUGAAGAAGCAGCAGAAACCUCGAUCAUGAUGGAGAGAUUCACACCAGUACUACUGCUCCUUCUGGUUUCAUGUGUCUGCAGGAUAUCAGGACAGACAUGUGAAGGAAGUUGUGGGUUCAAAUUGGACUCGUGCUCAUGCCGCUCGACAUGCACGGCUCUUAAGGACUGCUGUACAGACUAUGGAGAGUACUGUGUUGAAAUAUUCCCAUACUCUGGGUCCAUUUUGGGUGGGACAGAUUUUAUUGUCCUCGAAGCGAGUUUCAACAAGAGUUCAGAGCUUCUAUGCAGGUUCAACAUCAAUAUCGACACUGUGGGCUACGUGGAUGAAGGCGGUCGAGGCCAUUGCAUCUCCCCACUGUUGUAUCAAACAGGAUGGGUUUCCCUGAACAUCUCCUCUGACAAUGGCACAACAUUCAACAGAGUUGGAACAUGGCUCUCAGUGCAUACUGGCAAGUUAGAUGCUAAGUUUAAGGCAAUUCUUGUCAACUCGACCAAAUGGCAGUACUACGGUACACCCGGGGUCGGAGGCCCUCUUGAGAUGACAUGGAACACGUCUUUGGUGAGAGCGGAGAGGGUCAACGUAGAGCUGUGGGGAUACAGGGAGACAGGGAAACCGUACACAGACAACUGGCAGGGUGAGUGGCAAUACCUGUACUCACUUGCCAAGAAUCAGCUCAACAAUGGGUCUUUUAGCUUUUUGCCCAAACCAGCACCGAACGGCUUUUCAAGUUGGGAGGUUGGCUCCGUACGUGUGAGCCCCAGCAAUAACGCGGAUGGCAUAUGGGACGUACAGGCGGCAUGGACCGAGGAUCACGCUCUGGCCUGGCACCUGGAGGACAAGUUCAGGCAGAACUCAACGGUUUGGGCCCUGGAGAAAUGCUUAGCAUGGGACCAGUUGGAAAAUGAGCUGCCCAACUUCCUCAGCGAGAUCGUAGACUGCCCCUGUACUCUGGCUCAAGCGAGGGCAGACACUGGGAGGUUUCACACCGACUACGGCUGUGAUAUAGAGAAGGGCAGCGUGUGCACCUACCACCCUGGGUGUGUUCACUGUGUGAGGGCCAUACAGGCCAGUCCCAAAUAUGCAGCGGGACAGCAGUGCUGUUACGACGCCAACGGCACUCAGGUGCUGACGGGAGACUCGAUCGGGGGAAGCACCCCGGACCGAGCGCACGACUGGGGCUCGCCUCCGUUCCUGAGACCCCCUCGAGUCCCUGGACAGUCCCACUGGGUCUACGACGUCCUCAGCUUCUACUACUGCUGCCUGUGGUCCGACAACUGCCACUACUACUUCAAACACCGGCCCUCCAGCGACUGCAGGAGGUACCGCCCCCCGAGCUCAGCGGUGGUGUUUGGAGAUCCCCACUUCAUUACCUUUGAUGGCGUCAGGUACUCCUUCAACGGCAAGGGAGAGUACACUUUGAUGACCUCAGCAAAGACACAGCUGACCAUCCAGGGAAGGACGGAGCCCGUGAAUCCCACGGUGAAAGCUACAAAGUUGACCGCCGUGGCCAUGAAAGAAAGGUCCUCCGAUGUCAUUGAGGUGCGGCUGGUCGGCGGUCACAACGGCCUCGAAGUACUCCAGAAUCAAAAAACUCUCUCCUUUGCUGAGCAGAGCUGGAUGGACCUGCAGGGUGUGUCUGUUUUUUGUCCCACUCCUACAAAUGUGACCGUCAUGUUCCCGAGCGGAGCCGGGGUGGAAGUGCGUCUGAGAGAGGAAACCAUGACAACCACCGUGCUUCUGCCAGAGGAGUUCAGAGACUCCACUGUGGGGCUGCUGGGGAAGAUGAACGGCGACGCCAGCGACGACCUCGCUCGCAGCGACGGGGAACUCGUGAGGAACUUCAGCAAUCCAGAGGAGGUGUUCAACUUCGGGGCGAGCUGGGCCAUCUCCAACGAGUCUGCCUUGUUCACAUAUGAUUCAGAAAUUCUUUUGAACACAUACUAUUAUAGUUCCAGACAUGACAGUAGCUUUGUUCCAGUGUUUUUUGUCCCUGAGAGUCCAGACGACCCAUUAGCCAAUCAGGCACGUGAGAUAUGCACUGGAGACGGCGCUGAGUACUGCAGGUAUGAUAUCCUGGUAGGUCGUAGUUCAAGAUUGGGAAAUGCAACCAAAGUGUCUUUCCAGAGUCACGUUUCUCUGGCACGGGAUCUAAAGCAAGUGAUAUCCUGUGGGUGGCUUGGACCCCCAAAUGAUGGGAAGAAGCAGGGCACCCGCUAUUUACAAGGAGCUAAGGUGCAGCUGUCCUGCAACGAGGGCUUCACUCUGGAAGGAUCUGCGGAGAGAAUCUGCCUGCGGAACGGCCGCUGGUCUGGAAACAAUGCAAACUGCGUGGUUCCCAGUAAGAUUCCAGGCAUCGUGGCUGGCACAGUCGUCGGAGCAUUAGCGCUGAUUUUAAUCAUAACGAUGAUCGUACUCCAGUCCAGGAAACUGAAAAGAAAAGCUGAACAGUCAGAACAAGCUGAGUCAGAGGAGGCCUUCUAAACCACAACUGCUCAUUUACCGUAAACAUUUAAAUGUACGAAUGAACGCAUGCAUGACGAAAGAUCGAGACACACAUGACACAGGCGAGAAACCCAGCUGUGUUCCAGAUUAGAACAGAUUAUUGGGCAAAGGUCAGUGCAGAGAUAAAGAGCAACUACGCACUGCUUCUUCCGUGGCACAAAUGUAUUAUUGCACUGAUAUCAACAUGAACACAUCCACCAUAAAACGCUCGUAAAAUCA